AUGUACAUCGACAACUCGGAGCCAUCGGAGAACGUCGGGCAAAUACAUUUCUCGCUGGAGUACGACUUCCAGAAUACAACCCUGAUAUUAAAAAUUAUACAGGGCAAGGAUCUACCAGCAAAGGAUUUGAGUGGAACCUCGGACCCUUAUGUGCGUGUCACACUUCUGCCGGAUAAAAAGCAUCGUUUAGAGACGAAGAUCAAGCGUCGCACACUAAAUCCACGCUGGAACGAGACCUUCUACUUCGAAGGAUUUCCGAUACAGAAGUUGCAGAGUCGGGUCUUACAUCUGCAUGUAUUUGAUUACGAUCGCUUCUCCAGGGACGAUUCGAUUGGAGAAGUAUUUUUGCCACUUUGCCAGGUUGAUCUCAGUGAGAAACCAUCCUUCUGGAAAGCUCUAAAACCACCAGCUAAAGAUAAAUGUGGCGAGCUGCUGACAUCUCUCUGCUAUCAUCCAAGUAACAGUGUGCUCACAUUGACGCUUUUAAAAGCUCGAAACCUUAAAGCCAAAGACAUUAAUGGAAAGUCAGAUCCGUACGUUAAGGUUUGGCUUCAGUUUGGUGACAAACGUAUCGAGAAGCGCAAGACAGCUAUCUUCAAGUGCACGUUAAAUCCCGUUUUCAACGAUUCAUUCUCAUUUAAUGUACCGUGGGAGAAGAUCAGGGAAUGCUCCCUUGAUGUCCAGGUUAUGGAUUUCGACAAUAUUGGUCGUAAUGAAUUGAUCGGAAGAAUACUUUUAGCCGGUAAAAAUGGCUCCGGAGCUACUGAAACUAAACACUGGCAGGAUAUGAUUACAAAACCUCGACAGACCAUCGUGCAGUGGCACCGUCUCAAACCAGAAUAA